CCAGCCUCCGGCGCCAUGCCCGACGUCCUCUUCCCAAGCGAGAGUAAACGACUUUGUCUUGAGGAUGUCACUCUUUCCAUGGGUCCUGGGACCAAUUCUGUUUCAUGCCCCGAUAUGCAAAGCUCUCCAUUCUCGGCCAAUCACGGGAGCUCCACCAUGCCCGGACACGGAAUGCUCCUGGAAAACAACCACAUGAACGGGAGCGGGAUGGGGUCUCCGUUUUCCGUCCCACCUAACGCUGACGUUGGGCAGAAGGGGCCACUCGGGAGCCAUUAUGGCGACAAAGGGAGCAACAUGCAUGCCGUGGACCAGGAACUGCAAGAUUUGUUGGAAGAGUUGACCAAGAUGCCGGACCCUUCCCCCAACGAGCUGGACCUUGAGAAGAUCUUAGGGAACAAACCGGAAGAGCCCAUGGGCAACCUGGCCCACCCUCCCACAGCCAUGAACAGCUCUUCCAAGUCUUCUCCGCAGGCCGCCCCCUUGGACAACCAUCUCCCCAACAAAGAUUUUUCUCCUGGAUGCAACCCAAGCGGUGGGUCCCCGCAGAUGACGCCGUCUUCUGGAGCCAGCUACUCCGUUCCGUCUCAAAACAAGGCUGUCGCUUCGCCCAUUUCUUCAACGACAGCCAACAAGGGCCAGACUCAAGCCAUCCAUAUGUCUGGGACCAACUGGCACGCCCAGCAAUUGAAGCACUUAGCCAGCAAGCAAGCCCCAACGUCCAAGCCCCCGACGCCAAACUGGCCCACCAUAUCUUCUCAAGGUCUUUCCCCUCCUUACCGGCAAGGGUCUUCUCCGCACCACCAGCCCUUCAGUCCUCAAAAUGUCAUGAUCUCCAGCAUGACUCCUAACGGCCUUCCGGGAAGCAAUAUUCAGAGUCCACAGAACCCCCUGCUCUCAAGCAUCACGUCUAACAGUAAUCCACCCGGAGGUCUGUCUCCUCCUUUUGGCCCAGAGAGGCUCUCCAGUCCGGUCCUCAACCAGCAAUCUUUCAGCCCUCCAAACUCCAUCCUGCCCAACAUUUCAGCCAACAGCAUUAAAAGUUCCCCGAACCCUUUGGGGCCGCCGAAUGCUGGACCUUCGCCCUACAGGCCAGAGAAACUUUCUAGCCCUGCUUUGCACCAACCACCUUUUAGCCCUCAAGGUUCCUUGAUCUCCAACCCCACCCCCACCAGCAAUCCCACCAACCUGCAGGGUUCCCUCUACAAACCCAUGCCCUCCGCCCAGCCCAAGAACAUGAACGUCAUCAUGACGCAGUCUUCCAACAGCAUUCAACCGGGGUUGGGGAGCGAAGGUCCCGUGACCCAAGACCAGUUUUCCUUCAGCAAUACCAAGCCCCUCUCCCAUUUCAACUCGGAGACCCCCCCUGCCCAGAAGAUGUCGCCGAUGGCUUCCAACGCAGGGCAGCAGUCGCUCAUGCAUUAUCUUCAGCAACAAGCGGCAACUUCUCCGCAGUCCCAACAAGUCAACAACAACCAGUUCCUUCAGCAGCAGCUGCGGCAGUUGAUGCAGCCCUCGCGGAUGCAACAACGGCACGUCCAGCCGUCCCCGCUGUCCUCACAAGUGCGACAGGACCAGGCCCCUGCUGGCAUCGGCGUUCGAAUGCAGGAGCCAGGAGUGCCCGCCAACUCAGGGUCAGUGCCCGCCCCGGCUCCGCCCUUGGUGAAUGACUACACCCUGAGAAACCAACUCCUAAAACAGCAAAUUAUGAGACGGCGGCAACAGCAGCAGCAGCAACAGCAGCAGCAGCAGCAGCAGCAACAGCAGCAACAGCAGCAACAGGAAAAGCAGAGGCAUGGCAUGAUGGGCGUGUCGACUGAGCAAAGGAGUCCCUUUGUGGGCCAACAGAUGAACCAGUUUCCCGCGGUCUCGCAGUCCAUGGCGACCGACUGCAGCCAGACCAUGCAAGCCCCUGGCUCCACCCACCGCCUGAUGCCUCCGGCCCAAGGGAUGCUGCAGGGCACGCUGGCCCCUGGCCUUGGGCCAGCCGCCGUGAACCAGAGCACCGGAGCGAUGGUGAUGAUCCCCCACAACCCCAACAAGCAGCCCGCCAUCUUCCCCCCGAAUUCCGAUUUCAACCUCCCGCUCCGAGGAGGCCAGAACUCCUUGGGCAUGACUUCGGGAUGUCAGACCGUUCACAGCCAUCCCGCAGGCCGGCCAGUGAUGGCCGCUCCCACCUUUGCCGCUGGGACUCUGGUGACCCAUUCUUCUGCCCAGCAGCACUUGAGGCAACCGGCCAUGGCCCGAAUGCCUGCCAUCUAUUCGAAUUCCUCCGCCCCGAUGUGGACGCCCACGGUCGUCCCGAGGAUGCCCACUCAAAAUCCGAUGGAGGCCACCUUGCACCAGUUCUCGAACAACCCCGUCUUCUCCAAGCAGAACGUCAGGUCAAGCAUCCCCAGCCAGCCCUUUUCCCACCAAGCUGGGCCUCCGCCCAACCAGAUCGUUCCCGGGAUGCAGGCCAGACAGAUGCAAAAAAUGAACGUUGGACCUUCGAACCAAAGCUUAAUCCCUCCAAAUAAUCAGAACCUGAGACACAGUUUAAGCAGAGGCUCUUUGCCAGCCACCAUGAAUGUUCUGAAAUCAAUGCCCCAAGGGGUCUCGGGAUUCAACCAACUCAACGUUGGGCCACCCAGUUAUCCAGGCCCGCCAGGGCAGUCCUCCAUCACGUUCAACCGGAUGAACCCUCCUUUGGAGUUGUUGCCGCAAUACGACUUUGUACCACAGCAGAGCAAUGCCAUGCUACCCGGAGCGUGCAGCGAGGCUGACUUGCUUGACUCUUUGAUGAAGAACAGCGUUGGCACUGAUGAAGACUUGCUCAAUAGUUUGACAUUGCUAGACGAUAUUUUGGGGCAGCACGUUCAGAGUGCCGGACAUGUCUGAUUCUGGAGAGAAACGGAAGGAGGUGUAAAUAAUUUGCAGGAUCUGAAACGGAACCGAAGCAGGGACAAAAACAUAUUC